UUUACUAUAGAAAUCUUUCCUCCACUGACACCAGAUACUCUUUUCUCCACUGACAGUAGUGAUCAUCCAGCACUGCAAGGGUUUAGACCAGAGCCUGCGACUGUGGAGCAUUGGUACAUGUACACAGAUCAUCAGAGCACUGAUGAUCAGUGUGCCCUGAUGAUCUGUGUAGCCCCAGCAGUGCCACCUGUCAGUGUCCAUCAGUGCCAGCUCUCAGUGCUCAUCCAUGCCACCUGCCAGUGCCCAUCAGUGCCACAUAUCGAUGUCUACCAGUGCACAUCAAUGUCACAUAUCAGUGCCCAUCUGAGCUGCCUUUCAGUGUCACCCAUCAGUGCCAGUCAGUGCCACCUAUCAAUGCCAAUCAGUGCCACCAAUCAGUGCUGCCAAUCAGUG